CGGGCAGGGGGCUUCCUGUUUCCCGGCCCCUCCCGGGCCAGCCCAGGGCCAAGCGGGCAGCGGGCAGUGACUCGGGAGCACAGGCCAUGAGCACGGUACACCGAGGAACACAGAGGACAACAAAGGCAGGAGCUGACAGCAGGCCGUGUUUUGGGGGACAAGGAACCCAGGAGGAGUCGAGGGGUCUGGUCGCAGAUUUCCAACCGCAAUGAGUGCCCGGGCCGCUCGGCCGAGAAGCCGGCGCGGGAGACACGCUCCGCAUGGCGAGGUGGCCAGCGGGAGCUCGGGGCCGCAGCAGCCGGGGCCCUCGGUGGAGUGGGGCAGCCAGGACCCUGGGAGCAGGGCCCUCAAAGAGGCCGCAGAGGAUGCAGAUGGAUCCCUGGCCCAGCCGCACCAGCACCCAGAGGUGGCGGCCCCACAGGACGGGGGCACUGUCCCUCCUGGGCCUGGGGCUCCUGAUGUGUUCCAGACCCUGCAGAGCACCCUGGCCUCCCUGGAGGCCGCUUUCGAGGGGGUGCCAGGGCCCUGGCAGGAGGCGGCCCGCCUGGCUGAGAAGAACGCCUGGCUGCAGCUGGCCCUGGACACACGGAAGGAUGCGCUGGCGCAGACGCAGGCCGAGAGUGACACGCUGCGACAGGAGGUCCGCGAGCUGCAGGAUUCCCUGAGGAGGCUGGAGACUGCCCUGCCUCCCUCCCACAGCCACACAGGUGACCCAGGCAGCAAUCCUGGCAGCUCUGCAGCCAAAAGGGAGGCUUGGGGACCGCAGGGCCCCGCCCCAGCUCACCCCCUGCUCCGGCGUCUCCGAAGCGACCCCAGCGCACACUGGGCUUGUGUGGCCACCACGAAGUCGGCACGGCUGUGCCCCAGCAUUCACACUGUCCCUCCUGCCUCCAGCAGUGUGGACACCCCCACUCCACAGGAAGUGGCUGCCCAGCUCCAGGGCUAUGUCCGGCAUCUCCGGGAGCGCCGUGCCCUGCUGAAGGUUCCCCCGGAGCCUGGCCGUGCCUCGGCACCCAGGGCAGCCACGCCCCACACAGACGCCCUGGUGCAGGCCAUUCUGGAGGCCCAGCCUGGCCCAGCUCUGCCCCGGCUGAAGAAGACACAGAUCCAACAGGACCUGGUGGCCACACGGGUACACAUGGGCAUAGGUCGCCGUGUCACUCUUUGCUGGAGGGAUAAAACCCUUUGCGUGGGCGACAGCAGUGAGGACGAGGAGGCGUGGCCCCAGCAGGGCCUGGCCAGCAGCACGGAUGGAGGCCUGGAGUGCAGGGCGUGGGACCAAGAGAAGCUGGCCGCAGAACUGGCCUCUUCCCUCCAACGCGCCCAGGGCCUGCAGGAGCAGCUGCAGUCCCUCCAGGCACAGCUGGAGCAGGUGGCCCGGCGAGGGCGUGCUGGGCGGGUCCAGAGUGCGGAGCUGAGCGCGGAUCUGUGCAGAGCUCACAGUGCCCUGGUCCUGGGCUUCCGUGGAGCCCACCGGAAGCAGGAAGAGCAGCGCCGGAAGCUGGCGAAGCAGAUGGCACAGAUGGAGGCCCGGCAGGCCGAGGAGCUGGCCGGGCUGGAGGCCACCGCCCACGCCCUGGGGAAGCCCCGGCCAUGGCCCCCGCUGUCCCCGCUGGGGGAGACCCUGCUAUAGUCCAGGGUCACAGUGUCCUCCAGAGCCUCCUCUCUGGCCUGCCGGGUGUGGUUGGGCAGGGUCGUCGGCUUGGCCCCGUGUGGAUGACAAACGGUUCAUCGGUGGGGUGUGCUCAGAAGCAUCCUAGACAAGUGCAGGGACCCAGGCUGAGGCACUUCCAGGCUCGGUGCGGUGACACAGCCAGGGCCCAAGUUCCACUGGUUCGGUCCAGAGCCCGGGGAGGGGUCCAUGCGGGCACCACACAGCUUCCCCUGGCCACCCUCCUCCCAGUGGGAAGCUGGGUUUGCCGGGGAGGUCUUACGAGACAGUGCUCCCGAGGGAGACGGACUGGCCGGUUCAGUUCAUGGCCUGAAAGGUCGCUCUCAGGUGGAGGAGUAGUCUGAGAUGGCUCGGAGACUUGCAUUUACAAGUGGAGCUGACUAUCCAGCAAGUGGGCACUCAAUCUGUAAUCCCAGCACUCUGGGAGGCUGGAGCAGGAGGAUCUCCUCUGUCCUGGGGAACUUAGUG